AUGACUUUCUCAUCGACGCUCCAGCUUCGUGUGUUCGGUGGUCAUUCUUUAGACAAUACGAUGGGGCUUGGCGACAAAAGCGAAGACAACAACGCAAAUUUAAAACUUCGGUGCUCGGUUUCAGGUGAUGGCAGGUGGCCAAGAGUCCAGCGUGAAGACUUUCGUCUAGAAGGUCUACAGAACUCAAGUGCAUCCAGCGGAUCCUCAGCUUCUUUGUCGUCGGCGCUUCAGAGAAGUGACAAUGAUACUACACCUUUGUCGUCAGGAUUUCAAGGUUGUGAGUCAAGUGGUCCGUUGGUUGUUCCUGGCAGCUGUAAUGGAAGUGAAGUUUAUCAUCAUGCAUAUUGGAACAUGAUCUCAUCAAACUCUUUCGACGAGACAUACUUGGAAAGAGACUACGCAAAUGGAGGGAUGUCACUAGCGUCUUCAACUUCAUCUUCUCCCCUCAACCACCUCAACGAGCCAAUGAACAACCUUGCAUUGGAGAACGGAGAUCACGAUUUACCAGUCAUUUCAAUGCCAUAUCCAGGCACCAGUUGGUUCAUGAGCGGUAAGACAGAAUCUGGGCCUGGCAAUACGUGUUCCUUACCGGCAUUUGGGGGACUUACUUGUCGUGCGCAGGCGUUGAGUACAGCAACGACGGAAAACAGUACUGCAUUCAGAGCCAACACUUGCUCUCCGAGCUUCCAUUCAGAAGGUACAGGCUAUCCGAUCACUACUGGAAAACUACCUGGCGACAUUAUAUCAUGCUCAUCUGAUGCUGCCUCUCCGGUACAAAUGGAAAGUGUUGCUCCGUGGCUUUCGCACAAUCUCGAGCCGUCAGAGCUACUUUUUGAAGACAUAAACACUUGGACUGGGGCUGCUACAGACGUUAGCGACAACCAGCACUAUCAACAACAGCCCUUCUUUAGUGCAUCAUUGAACAAAACUGCGUUAAACGGAUACCCCUACUUUGAGGACACAUUCAAUGAGACAAACCACGCGAUACCUCCUUCACACCUCACCUACGUACCAUCGUACCAACGCCACCCACUGCUUACAACCGUAUCAUCAGCAUCUCCCCUCUAUCGACCAAUUCAGAAUCACGAAGAGAUAUUUUCCACAACCGGUGACUGGACGACGAAUCAUGUCCAUCGCCAAUCGACCCACUCAACAGCUUGCACGACCCCCAGUGGCGAAAUUGAGCGUUUGGAAGUCCACAUCGACGAAAAUGAUCACAAAAUUCAGCGAUCAUGUGCAUCUGAAUCGCUGCGUGGUGCUGAAGAAGGAAACACGAUAAAACGCCUACUACAUACGCCAACUCUCAACCAACAUGACGUUCGCAUGAACCCUUCAGGCGCCGUGCUAGGAGCAGACAGCUCAAUGCCUGCAGACGUAAUGAUCCUUCCAGCUAUGAAUCCUGUGGCUCCAAACGAGUCUGCAAAACUCCAGCUACUGACAGCUUUGAACAACUGUUACUGGAAGAAUGGACGAAAAAACCUGCAGUGUUUUCCGUCAUGCCCCGAGCACCACGAUUUCUACUCUAUGAAGAUGAAUAAUCGUAAGCAUUCGAGUGUUGGCGUGUGCCGAGGGCCCGUGUAUUGUCACGCAUUCACGAAUGCAUCUAAAUUCUUGCCGCCGACAUCUUCGCAGCAGAUGAAACGUGAAAGUGGUCUUGGUCUUCCUUGUGGUAGUAGUUGUGCGCGUGAGAUAUUUGUACUUGGUCGUUUUGAGCGGGUACCCCAACAAGAAUCUACAAAUCUCUUGGAGGAGCUGAAUGUACCUCCGUCAUUCCCAAAUGCUGCAGCUUUUGAACAGUUCCAACUUACUUGUUUCCAGGCCGUGGAAAUGGAAGAGCGACGUGUAUUGCUCCCAGAAUCACCUCGUGACCCACCAAAGGAAGCUUUUAACUCACCUAAAUUGAAAACGGGUCAUGCGCAGAACCGCUUUAUCCGAAGCACUUGGUUCUUCUUGCCCGAUGUAUGGAAGGUACAGCCUAUGUUGAAAAAGAAGCGGAAGGCGACACGCUCAGCCCCAGCCCAGACGUUUCCGUUUUGUUUUCGCAUUUUUAUCUACACACGUGAUAUUGACAGUCCUGCAUAUUCCUGUAUUGCUGACACAGCUUCGACCUUCUUCGAGCUCUAUUCGACGCGAACCGUUGACCGUGUCAAACGCAAGUAUUGGAGUAGCGAAGCCACGUCAAGAACCACGAACCGGCGUUUAAACAAACAGCGGGGGCUUCAGCGGUUGUAG